UCGCGCUGCGGCGACGCGCGCGGCAGCGCGGUCCCCCGCAGCGCAACGGGUGAACGUCGGUAAACAGUGCAAGCUCAGCGCGAGCGUUAUCCUGGUGGUGUGUCCUGCUGGGACCAUGCCGUCGAUGUCGCCAGCGAGAGCAGCAGCCGUGGCCGCCACCAUGGUCUUGAUCUGGCUAGCGACUGCAGUAGACGCCGCGGUGAGAGUGAGGAGAGAGUCGUGUCGAGCGAGGCACCUAGUCCGCGUUGACGAGACGACGGACGGCCGCUGCAUGCCCGUACACGAGUGCCUCGAGUCACUCAAGGACGUGGGCAGACUCAAGUUCCCCAUGUUCUGCGGCGUACGCGGCCUGCUGCCCAUCGUGUGCUGCCCGAACAAGGACCCUCCUCCGACGCCUGCCCCGCCACCAGCAACUCCUCCACCUCGUCCACAGCCGGUGGUCACCACAGCCCCUUCUCAACCAGUCGUCAGAGAACCACCUGCAGGGACUCCGUGCACGGUGUCCGAGUCCGGGCAGCCGGGCGCGUGCGUUCCCCUGAAUGGCUGCGAGCCACUGCAGGAGCAGGUUCGCCAGAAGAAGUUCCCGUCCUUGUGCGACCUGAAAGGAGGCGUCGCGUACGCCUGCUGCCCUCGAGCCCAGCCACAGGUGCCCAGUACGACCACGAGACCCCCUCUGGACAGAGCCGUAAAGAUCGCCGGACUCAAGUACGAGAACGGGAAAUACUGUGGCAAGACUCCUAGUAAACCCGGUCACAUUGACUUCAGACCAGUCGUGAAAGGUGGAAAAGACGCCGAACUUGGGUCCUAUCCAUUUAUGGUGGCCGUAUUCCGGGACAAUGUGAGGGUACUGAACUUCUGGUGCGGUGGAGCAUUAAUUCUGAGAAGGGUGGUCCUGUCGGCCGCUCACUGCUACUAUGACACCUUGCAUGACACGCGAUACGUAGUCCGCGUCGGAGGCGUCAGCAUAUCGGAUGGCAGCACAGAACCGGUCGUGGAGCGCCACGUGGAAUCGGUUCACGUGCACCCGGAUUACGACGAGCGGUUCCACUACAACGACGUGGCGCUUCUCUUCCUCAACCGAUCGGCGCAGCAGUACAUCAAGAAACCGGUCGCCUGCCUGCCCGAGCCCAACACCGCGCCCGAUGCGCCACACGGCACAGUGCUCGGCUGGGGACACGACGAUUUCGGAGGACGGCUGCAGACGGUUCUCCAGGAGGCCAUGAUACCGUUGGUGGACAAUCCGACUUGCGAACGUGCCUACACGAAGCUGAACUCGUUCGAGACCAAGUUCCCCCGUGGCAUCAACGGAGACUUCCUCUGUGCCGGGAACAUCACAGACGGUGGUGUCGACGCCUGCCAGCAAGAUUCUGGUGGACCGCUGGUGACGAACUCAACCCGGGACGGACGGAACUUCUUCGAAACCAUCGGCAUCGUCUCGUUCGGCGUUGGCUGCGGAUCCGCCGCUUACCCUGGCGUCUACACGAGAGUCUCGAAAUACGUCGACUGGAUACUCAACGUCAUGGCAGACGCAAUACCGGACGAGCAAAUAUACACACGUCGAGCGUGCGUGGUUGCGGUUGCUCGGAGGGAAACCGUGAACGUUGCUGGUGGUGGUUGUUUAGACGCGGGCAGGCCGCACCUCUGUGUGUGUUCGGAACUGGAUGAAACGGCAAGAGGAAACGGUGGAGACGCGAUGCAUACUGCGGCCUGGAGGAUGCGGCGGCGAACCUUUUCCACUGUUUCGCUGAUCGUCCUCCUCUCCCACUUGUUCCUGCACCAGGAGGCGGAAGCCGCCAGAGGAAACAGGGGUGGUGCGUGCCGCGCGAGGCACCCGACGCGCAACUUCGAGCUGACUGACGGUCGCUGCAUGCCGCUACACCAGUGCCUGCAGUCUCUGAGGGACGUGGGUCGACUCAAGUUCCCCAUCUUCUGCGGCGUCGACAUCCUGCUGCCCAUCGUGUGCUGUCCCCAGAGGCAGCGUCCGCCCACGCCCGCGACGACGGCGACUCCUGUGACACGUCCACCGGCGGUGCCAACACCGGACCGUUCUGCAGCAUUUGUCGGAGGACCACCACAAGAACCACAGCACCCAGCUCAAGAUGGUCCACCAGCUAUCCCUGUCGUCUUUUCCGAGUCGGAUGAGCCGGCUGUUGAGUGCGAGACCCCCACUGGUCAGCCGGGUGCCUGCUUGCCGCUGGAGAGCUGCAUGCCACUGCGCGAACAAGUUCGCCGCAAGGAAUUCCCACCGCUGUGCGACCUGCGAGGCACAACGCCGUACGCCUGCUGCCCCGCGAGGCUGUUCCGCCAAGGCUCGCAUCACAUCCACGACGCGGAGACAACCACGGCACAGCCUGAGGACGAUAUGCCGAGGGAGGCUCUCAACAGGGCCAUUCGCAUGACUCAGAUCGUGCUCGAGAACAAUCGGUAUUGUGGCAGGACCCCGAAGUCAUUUCUUGGGCAAAAAUUUAGGACCACGCCCACCGUUUUGGGAGGCCGCUCUGUAAACCUCGGAAAGUACCCCUUUGCUGUGGCCAUAUAUCGAAAUGAGGUGAACAUUCUCAACUACUGGUGCGGCGGUACGCUCAUCACUUCCCGGGUCGUACUGUCGGCGGCUCAUUGCUUCGCCUAUUCACUGAACGGCACCAAGUACAUCGCACGAAUUGGCGGUGUCAACAUCUCGGACACGAGCAAUACCACGUUCGUGCAGAGGAACGUUGCCUCGGUGCUCGUGCACCCUGAUUACAACGACAGGCGUCACUACAACGACGUCGCACUGUUGCUGCUGGAUACACAAGCACGACAGAGAGGCGUGUCGCAGCCAUUCGCCUGCUUGCCGGAUGCCGAUUCUGCCCUGACAGUGCAAGGAAUUGCCACAGUGCUGGGCUGGGGACACAACUCUUUUGGUGGCACCCUGCAGACCGUACUUCAGGAAGCACAGGUCCCUCUAGUGGACAACGCCGCGUGCGACAGAGCGUAUCACUCGCUCGGUAGCUACGACCGCGAAUUUCCGCAAGGCAUCAACGAGCAGUUCGUCUGCGCCGGAAACAUCACGGUCGGUGGUGUCGACGCUUGCCAGCACGACUCCGGUGGCCCGUUGGUUGUGAACGUGGAUCGUCUAGGUCAAACUUACUACGAACUGGUCGGCGUCGUGUCCUUCGGUGUUGGCUGCGGCUCGGCUGCCUACCCAGGGGUGUACGCCAGCGUUUCACACUUCAUGCACUGGAUUCUCAACGCCACCGCCAGUAUCGUUCCCGAAGACGCGUACGAGGGUACCAAUUUCGUCUGACUGCUCCAAUCACGUCUCACUAACUCGGAUACUGGCCCUGUGCUGGACGCUGAAGAAAUCACCCACAGGUGUCACAGAACCCGUUGCGGCAAGCCAGGAGUUCAGUUCGCCGCCGAAUGCAAGACGCUCUUGAGGAAGCAAAAAGGACCUUGACUUUGACCGGUGUGCAAAUGCGCGAUUGAGUCUGGCUUCCCUGGUCACUGGUACUCGAUAAGCGCUUUAUAUGCCUCGAUAUCACAGGGAAUAAAAUGCGUGUUGUCGCGAGCGCUGGCGCAUAGCGCAAAAACGUGUGCAUGUUUGUGCUAAGCCGUGCCAUACGCUCGGCUUCAUGUUUCUUGAAAAUAAAAACUUGGAGGGCGCUUAAGUUUCGCACGGAA